AUGGCACCUGUCGAGGCAGAGAAAUUCGUAUCUUAUGAAGCCGGGCCCGAGGUCGAAGAGUUCGCCAACGCGCUCGACGACUGUCUCUCCCCUCCUCUCUCGAACGAAGAACGACGAGAACGAAUACUAGACCUACCUAGAAAAUACCACGAGAAUGCCCUUCGACGCCUAGCACAGGUUCGACCGCGUAUGAUGCGCAACGGUCAAGACGAUGUCGAUAUGGAUGCAGACGAUGAUGUUGCUAAUAGCAACCCUGCCUCAGCAGAGCUUGUCAAACGUCUCGAGAGGGAAGCGCAGACAUGGGAUCUAUUGCGCAGGCUUCUUCCACUGAGAUAUGCUAAUUCUGAUGAUGGGCAGAGCGCUUCCAGAGCCGACCAGAGCUCCGUGGAUUCAGGAGACUUGUUUAAGAGUUUCCUUGCUAGUGAUUCAUCGGCGCGCGAACGACAAGCAGUCAUACAAUGGCUCCAGAGCAAUGCUUCUUCGGGACCGGAUAUCAACGAGCUUGCGCAUGAACUCCAGCAAAAUGCCGACCGUGGAGAUAUCAUCGCUCACGGCUGGCUUCACACUCGCUCUUCAAUCAAGCUUCGGAAGAGCGUAACAGCCUGGCCCCAUCUACUGGAUCGCCAGUCACCAGCUAUUGCGACCUCAUUUCACACCUCAGAUGGCUCACCCCUGGUGACACAGCUGGACCCAGACGCUGCGACUCGCCAGGGACGAAAACUUGAACCGCAAGAUGAGUAUUUCGAGCGUGCCAUUUGGUUGGGUUGCUGGGAACAUCUUCGCCGAGGAUCAAGCUUGGACGCUAUCCGUGAAUGGUGCCAAGAACGAACCGAAAUGUGGCGGGCCAUCUCGACCUCUGCGAUACUUCUUUCAGCCAGCGACAGCCAGGAAGUGACCGAUACUAAACCAGCAUCACUCGCUCUGUGGCGACGAAUGUGCUUCAGCUUGUCUCGAUCUGGUGGCUGUGAUGACUAUGAGCGUGCGGUAUAUGGUGUCCUAUCAGGAGACAUCCCGAGCGUCGAGAAAGUUGCCCUGAACUGGGAUGAUUUUCUUUUCGCGAACUACAAUGCAUUGCUACGCACACAGCUUGACAACUACAUACUUGGACAAUGCCCAGUCGACGUUGCUUCAAACCUCAAACAAUCCUUUCCUUCAUUUGACGCUAUUCAGUUUCACGGGGAGCCAAGUACAGUUGACAUGCGUCUAACCCGAGCUCUUGAAGCCAACCCCCAGAUCAAAGACGAAGCGAACGAACCCAAUAAGGCGUUGCAGGCAUCAUUAAUUUCCAAGGAAAUUGGUCAAUAUCUUUAUCAGCAGGGCUUGAUCAUUUCUUCUGACGCAAAUCACAACGAGUCAGCACUGUACAGAUCAAAGCCUAGUAAGCUUGAGGUAAACAAGGAGAGGUUCUUUCAGUCUACGCAGCACUAUGGUCUGCGGAUCGUUGCACAUAUCUACGUCCUCAUCAACCUCUUGGAUAAGCUGAACUCGAAGGACGAUUCUCUAAGCCCUGCCUUUUCUCCUCCUGAAAUGAGACGAUCCCAACAGAACCUCAUUGCCGGGUACGCGAAUUAUCUUCGCCUUGCCGAGUUUCAUGAAUUAAUACCUCUUUACUGUUCGAUUUUGGAACCCCCUCGGUCAUAUGAGGUGCUUAGCUACAACCUCAUUCCCGAAAAUGAGGCGAGCCGACGUUUACUGCAGUUGAGACUUAUCAGGAAAGCUGGCAUCGACGUGCUGGAGUUUGUUAAGACUCAGGCAUGGCUUUUGUUCGAUGAUUUGGGUCCUGCGCAGCAUGGAUGUCCUGCCAAGGAAGGAUUUAGCAUCAUUGAGCCUGGCCCACCUACUUCACGCAGUGGUCGCCCUGUGAGGCCCGAUUUCUUUGGCGAUGAUGAAAGAUUCGUUGAUCAGGCACAUGAGAACCUCAUCCGGUCACUAGAGUGGCUGGUACUAGUGCAAGAAACAUGGCCCAACGUGUUGUCUAUGGGGACCAAGAUCUACAAAUUCUUUUUGCGCAAUAUGCACCUUAGCGCUGCUCGUCAGCUGAUGAAGCGAGUUCCAUUCUCAGAUGUCCUUCAUGCAGCUACGGAAGAAAAUGCCGACGAGAUGGAGUUAUACGAAGACAUCCCCGAGUUUUGGGCGAGGCAACUUGAUCGGAGAGGUAUUCGGGACGUGACACCACAACAAGCACUUUCAGAUGCCCGAAAUUUCCGUGAACUGGAGAAUCUAGUGCGAGCCCUGGAUAGCUUGGAGACGGUCGCGUCGCUAGCCGAGCUUACAAAUGAGGACCAAAAGAAAAACCGGGAGUUCUGGAAUGCUAUUGGUGACGAAGUCAAGAACACAAAAGAAAACAUGCAGCCCCUUCUCAAGAACUGGCUCCUGGUGGGCAUUGAGGAAGGUGAUCAAGAACUACGAGAUCUCCGUCAAGCCUAUCUCCCCGAAACAGUUCUAGCAUAUGUUGGCACGCUGCACUUUGCUGGAACUGGCUUGUCUCGAGACAACCUCUUGGAGUGUAUGGAGCUUGCUUCCAUCAUUGCAGAGCGCGAUUCGGAUCUGUCGGUUGCAUUCCUAGAAGCUGGAAGGAUGAAGGAGCUGGUGGAGGUCUUUGCUGCCAGCAGCAAGGCAUUGGCCAUCAGCACUGGUGAAAAGAGAACGGCGAGCACUGGCAGCAAGAAGCUGCGAGAGAUGGGUUGGUCCCGGGAUCUGUGCAAAGAGCGCAGCGGAGUGAUAACUGCAAUGGUAAGCUUCGCAGCUGAUAUGCAGGGCGCGACUCCUCCUGUUCUCCCCCCCAAGCCUGGCAGCCAUGAAACAAGUCGCAUUGCGACGCCGACCUCAUCAGGCGUACCUCCACCAUCCGAAGGCCGCAUACCUUCCAACACUGUAACUAACGCACCAGCAUCAAUUCCCGACCCAGGCGAGCAAUGGCUCCCUCAGAUUCUACAGGACAAGUCAAAACAAGACCUGGCUGAGCUGCUUGGUAACCCAACUCUCCUCAACGCAUUAACGCACUCUUCUGAAUCCAUCCACCCUUCCCUGCUUGUAUCGCAUCAAGCUCUAUCCGCCGCCCUCAACGAAAACAUCGACCUAGCUGGCCAACUCACGGACAUGGAAGCUCGGCUAUCCCAUCAGCGCGCAUCGACACAGGCACAGCUUCUCUCAACACACACACUCGAGCGACAAUGGCGCCAGAAACAGUCUGACAUGGAUCACGCGCUGGCGCCCUUCUCACCAGCAGCGUUAUACCAGCAGUUGGGACAGGGCGUCCAGGAGCAGGCAUCGGUGUGCGAGGCUAUGGAGGAGAGUUUCCUCGACGGAGAGGGAGAAGGAGUAUCGGCAACGGAGAGGGAGGUUACUGAUUGGGUGCGUAAAUAUAGAGAGGCUAAAGUCCAGUACUAUUUGAGGCAAGAGAGGAAAGAGAGAUGGGACGAGGGACGUGUCGGUGGAUGGAGAUAA